AAUAUUGAGCUGAAUCAUCAACGAUCGAUCGUCGGGGUAAUGCAAGCGCGCGGGAACUGCCGUUUCAGCCUGUUUAUUGGCAGCUCUUCACGAUCGAUUCAAACUGAAUCCAUCACCAAUAAGCUUCGCGCUUCUUCAAAUUCUUCUCCGUCGAAGAAAACAUGGACCCAAAAACUCGAAUCCAAAAACACUGACCCCACAAUUGUUGAUUCCGAUAUAGUCAAAUGGAACAGGAAAAUCAGCGCCUACAUGCGCAAAGGUCAAUGCGAGUCCGCUCUAAGCGUUUUCAAUGGUAUGCCUCGUCGGAGUACUGUCACCUACAAUGCCAUGAUAUCUGGGUACUUGAGUAACUAUAAAUUUGAUUGUGCACGGAAGAUGUUUGAGAAAAUGCCCCAUAGAGAUUUGAUAUCUUGGAAUGUUAUGCUUAGUGGUUAUGUGAAGAAUGGGAACCUUAGUGCGGCUCGGGCUUUGUUUAAUCAGAUGCCUGAGAAGGAUGUUGUUUCUUGGAAUGCUAUGUUAUCUGGGUUUGCUCAGAAUGGGUUUGUGGAGGAGGCUAGGAAAAUAUUUGAUCAAAUGUUGGUCAAGAAUGAAAUUUCAUGGAAUGGGUUGCUGUCGGCGUAUGUUCAAAAUGGGAGGAUUGAGGAUGCUAGAAGAUUGUUCGAUUCGAAAAUGGAUUGGGAGAUCGUUUCUUGGAAUUGUUUGAUGGGUGGGUAUGUGAAGAAAAAGAGGCUAGAUGAUGCAAGGAGUCUUUUUGACCGUAUGCCAGUUAGAGAUAAAAUCUCUUGGAAUAUAAUGAUUACAGGUUAUGCUCAGAAUGGGCUGCUUUCAGAAGCUCGGAGAUUAUUUGAAGAGUUACCAAUUCGAGAUGUGUUUGCUUGGACGGCCAUGGUUUCUGGUUUUGUGCAGAAUGGGAUGUUGGAUGAAGCAACGAGAAUUUUUGAAGAAAUGCCUGAGAAGAAUGAAGUUUCGUGGAAUGCAAUGAUUGCAGGGUAUGUCCAGAGCCAGCAAAUAGAAAAAGCAAGGGAAUUAUUUGAUCAAAUGCCUUCCCGGAAUAUCAGUUCUUGGAAUACAAUGGUAACUGGGUAUGCUCAGUGUGGCAAUAUUGAUCAAGCCAAGAUUUUGUUUGAUGAGAUGCCUCAACGUGAUUGUAUAUCAUGGGCGGCAAUGAUUUCUGGCUAUGCCCAAAGCGGCCAGAGUGAAGAGGCUUUGCACCUUUUUAUUGAGAUGAAAAGAGAUGGGGGAAUCUUGAAUAGAUCUGCAUUAGUAGGUGCUUUGAGCUCGUGUGCAGAGAUUGCUGCUUUGGAGUUAGGGAAGCAACUACAUGGACGACUAGUUAAGGCAGGAUUCGAAACUGGGUAUUAUGCUGGAAAUGCACUUCUAGCCAUGUAUUGCAAAUGCGGAAGUAUAGAAGAGGCAUUUGAUGUAUUUGAAGAUAUAACAGAGAAGGAUAUUGUCUCCUGGAACACAAUGAUCGCAGGUUAUGCAAGGCAUGGGUUUGGUAAAGAGGCUUUAGCUCUUUUCGAGUCAAUGAAGAUGACAAUCAAACCUGAUGAUGUCACACUGGUCGGUGUUCUAUCUGCAUGCAGCCAUACUGGCUUGGUAGAUAAAGGCAUGGAAUAUUUUAACUCAAUGUAUCAGAACUACGGCAUAACAGCAAAUUCCAAACAUUACACUUGCAUGAUUGAUCUACUUGGUCGUGCGGGUCGGCUAGAUGAGGCUCUGAAUUUAAUGAAGAGCAUGCCAUUUCACCCAGACGCAGCAACUUGGGGUGCUUUACUCGGAGCUAGCCGAAUUCAUGGUGACACAGAAUUAGGUGAGAAGGCUGCUGAGAAGGUAUUUGAGAUGGAGCCUGAUAAUUCAGGGAUGUACGUUCUUCUCUCAAAUCUAUACGCAGCUUCAGGGAGAUGGAGGGAAGUUCGUGAGAUGAGAUUGAAAAUGAGAGACAAAGGAGUGAAGAAAGUUCCUGGAUAUAGUUGGGUUGAAAUACAAAACAAGACUCACAUCUUCACUGUUGGAGAUUGUUCACAUCCAGAAGCAGAGAGGAUAUAUGCUUAUUUAGAAGAGUUGGAUCUAGAAUUGAAGAAGGAGGGGUUUGUUUCUUCCACUAAAUUGGUGUUACAUGACGUGGAAGAGGAGGAGAAGGAACACAUGCUCAAGUAUCAUAGUGAAAAAUUAGCAGUUGCAUUUGGGAUUUUAUCUAUACCACCUGGGAGACCAAUCCGAGUGAUUAAAAACUUGAGGGUAUGUGAAGACUGUCACAAUGCCAUCAAACAUAUAUCCAAAAUUACGCAAAGACAAAUAAUCGUGAGGGAUUCUAAUCGUUUUCACCACUUCAGUGAAGGCUCAUGUUCUUGUGGAGAUUAUUGGUGAUAUUUCUUAUCGUCAUCUUCCUUUGGCGGAUAUGAUCAUUCAAUUAAGAUGAUUAGAAAUUGAUGAAUUGGCAAAUCAUUAAACCGUAAGCCGCAUCCAGAAGAGGCUUCAUAGGUGAGGUGAACUUGGAUCAAGAUAUUUUUUUGACAGUCCUUCGGAUGGAACGUUCAAUCUCUUGAUGCUAGAGUCACAAAAAAGUUUUGAUCCUUAGAACUUUUUCAGAAAUAUGAGAAUUUCAAAGAACUAAAUAUUUGGAGGUAAACAAAAAUCGAGAUGAAGGUUUGCUAAUAGUACUUUGAUAAGGACAACUGUUGCAAUGGUGUCAAAUCCUGAAGCUGCUGCUCUUGGAGGAUACCACUACUGCUAGAUUGUGCAACUACUACAUUGGUGAUUCGGAAGACGCAGGCAUAUUGUUCUGAGAUAUUUGAGAUUGUGAUUGUGGUCUUUCCUAAGUAUACAACUUGGGUGCCUUACACCUAGACUUGCUGCAGCUGCACAACAAUUUGACGAACUUAACGAACCAACAUUUUAUUUGAAAAUUUUCAGAAAUUAAACUGGAGAACUGCUCAAAACCGCCUAUGAGCUAUACUGAAGCUUUUGUAUGCCUCAUGAGAUUAGCAAGAAGUUUUGAGUAGGGGUUAUGGUUGAUCUCAUUUCUUUUUCCUUCAAUUCUUUGGAUGAGUGGAAAGGGAAUUGCCGCUUUGAGAAGUGCUAUUACUUGGACUUAGCGAUGCUAAACUCAGUCUGUAUUUUGGAAUCAUCUUUGGUGUCCCAAGUUUCCUAACCAUGGGAAGCUGAAGCUGGCCCAAUAAGUUUCAACAUGAACGAACGACAUUAAAGCUGAAUAUUUUUGGUGAAGUCUCAAUAAUUGUUUGUUACUAGUCCUUCAUUCACUUGGCAGGAAGUUGAGGUAAUGUUCCCCCAAGGAACUACCCCCGGACCCAUCUUUUUCUAUUAGUUUUCCCUUAGGUCCUCAAGAUUAUCUGUCUAGCUGAUUUAAAGAGCUGCCAUGAAAAAGCUUGGUGAGUGUAUAGACAGAGGAGAGCAGAAGCUGUUGUUGUUGAGAGGAACCUCUGUAUCCAUCGAUUUAUAUAUAUAGAGAAGAAACUAGGUUCUGAUUGCAUUUCCUUUCUCUUUGAAUAGUCAAGGAAUGUUUAACUUUAUGUUUAACUUUAUAUUGACAAUGUAAAAAGGAAGAGUUAAACA